UCCAAAGCCGUGUUAUGUGUUCAGCGUUCAGUGUUCCUUCAACAACCAUUUACAUGCCACCGAGACAUCAUCGGCAUUAAAGAAUACCGUGUGCACUGCUUGGAGCGGAGUUGCCCGAAGUCCUCCGAACUCAAGCGCAUUUUUGUGUUAAGUUUAGUUUUAUUUCAUUUUAUUGACUUCGAAUUUUCAAGACUUCGUGGGCAUUGUAUGAUACAGAAUGGCGACCAACAUUCAGGGUGUCAACCCACUCUUCGCGCUCUCAGCAUUUAAUCUGUUUUUCUACCUGCUCACGCCGGCCAUCGUAUUAUGGUACAUUUAUUUCCGGAUGUCCCGUAAGCAGCUCUACGACCUCGCCAGUAAAAUCCCAGGAUCUGAAGGAUUACCGAUGCUUGGAAAUGCUUUAGACUUUAUGCAAGACCCACACACCAUUUUUGAUAAGAUUUAUGAACGGAGUUUUGAAUUCGAAAAGAAUUCACCUAUUAAAAUGUGGAUCGGGCCCAGGUUAUUGGUGUUCUUGACUGAUCCCAGGGAUGUCGAGGUGAUCCUGAGCAGUAACGUGUAUAUUGAUAAAUCUCCCGAAUACCGUCUUUUCGAACCAUGGUUAGGAAAUGGCCUGUUGAUCAGCACCGGUGACAAAUGGAGAGCCCACAGAAAAUUGAUCGCGCCGACAUUCCAUUUGAACGUGCUUAAGUCGUUCGUGACACUCUUCAAUGUCAACAGCCGUGACACCGUCAGUAAGCUCCGAAAAAUGGGAAGCUCCACAUUUGACAUUCACGAUUUCAUGAGCGAAUGCACUGUGGAAAUUUUGUUGGAAACCGCCAUGGGAGUGAGCAAGAAAACUCAAAAGAAGAGUGGUUUCGAAUACGCAGCCGCUGUUAUGAAAAUGUGUGAUAUUCUACAUAUGCGUCAUACAAAUUUGUGGCUAAAAUCAGAUUUUAUUUUCAACUUUACAAAGUACGCAAAGGAACAAGUUGGGCUCCUUGAUUUGAUUCAUGGUUUGACAAACAACGUAUUGGCUAAGAAGAAGGAAGAUUAUUUGAAGAAAAGAAGUCAGAUUAAAGAGGUCUCAGACAUCCCAGCAGCUUCUGAGGAAGUCGUUGAAACAAUUUCAACGCCUGAGGUAGAAGAAGUACCGUACGGAAACUCAUUCGGUCAGUCUGCUGGUCUGAAAGACGACUUAGACGUAGAAGACGAUGGAAUUGGCGAGAAGAAGAGGGUGGCAUUUUUGGACUUGUUAAUUGAGUGCGCAGAAAAUGGAGUUGUAUUGUCCGACGAAGAAGUUCGUGAACAAGUCGACACAAUCAUGUUUGAGGGUCACGACACAACAGCAGCCGGUAGCAGUUUCUUCUUGUGUUUGAUGGGUGCUCACCAAGACAUACAGCAAAAAGUCGUUGAUGAACUGUACACGAUAUUCGGUGAUUCCGACAGACCAGUAACUUUCCAAGAUACAUUGCAAAUGAAAUACCUGGAAAGAUGUAUCAUGGAGACGUUGCGCAUGUACCCUCCAGUUCCAAUCAUCUCCAGACAGAUUAAAGAGAACGUGAAACUAGCGUCAAAAGACUUGACUUUACCAAUCGGUGCCACAAUCAUCAUCGCCACGUUCAAAAUUCACCGCAACGAAGAUACGUUCCCCAAUCCCGAAGUGUUCAACCCCGACAACUUUUUACCAGAGAAAUCAGCCAGCCGUCAUUAUUACGCUUACGUGCCGUUCAGUGCCGGUCCCAGAAGUUGCGUCGGUCGCAAAUACGCCAUGUUAAAACUGAAAAUUAUUUUGUCGACCAUCCUACGAAACUUCAAAAUAAAUAGCAAUCUAACUGAAAAAGAUUGGAAACUCCAAGCUGAUAUCAUCUUAAAGAGGACUGAUGGAUUCAAAUUAAGUUUGGAACCAAGAAAGUCACUAGCUAAGAGCGCUGCUUAAGUAGCGAAUUAUUAUUAUUAUUGUUAUUCUAUGGAGUGGAUAGUUUUUUUUAAAUGAUUUAUAUAUAUACUUUAACAAGUUAAUGACUAUUAUUAUUUGGACUGUUAACUGUUUAUUGACUACAUGGCUACCAAGGCCGAUUUAAAUGUUUAUUUUUUACAUAGUUAACUUUUUAUUCUGUAUCAUUUUAUUGUAUAAUUUGUAUUUAAGGAUUCUGGAAAUCGUAGUUAGACGAAAUAAAUGCAUUUUAUUUUCAUUACAAA